AUGACAGAGAACGAGGAUCUGUUGACCAGGAUUGGUCAACUUGCUGGUCAAAUCAAUCGACACAAGAAUCAAUCAACCCAGUAUCCCCAGUCCGCUCAUCAGUCACAGCAUGUCUCUCGCCAUGUACCUUCCCACUCAGGAUGGGCACCGUAUUCUCGAGGCAGAGGCCGACCUGCGGGUCCGCAUCGACACCGCACACUGGUUUUGAAUAAUGGAGCUGCUAGGUCCACGCCCAGCUCUACCUCUUCUCCUGGUCCUGCGAGCGAGAACGAUGGCGAGUCGCACCCCGCGCCCACCUCGAACGGCUGGGUCGCUAGGCAUGACCGCCAUAUGCAGCUCAUCAACUCCGCUGUCUACGACAAGGAAAAACAGGCCAGAGCCAAGGCUAUGGAGGAAACCCGCAAAUUAAAAGAGCAGCGACGUACCGACCGUGAACAAUCCAAGGUCCUCCGGUAUGCCCAGGGCCCUGCAGGUGCAUCUGUGUCUACUUCUUCACAACAGAUUAUUGUCAAUGAUGUCCCCUUCAAGGUUGUACGAGGAGGUAGCAAGUUGGUUCGGGUAUCAAGUAUGUCUCCUCUGAAUCCUUCAGUACUGUCGGGAACUGGCUCACCUGUUUUAGAUGAUCCAAAUACCGCCAAUACCACACCAAAGCGUGUCACCGUUGCUGGUGUGACUUUUGUCCGAAGCAAGAACGGCAAUCUGCACCGUCUUGGUGCUGUUGCCUCGAAAAAACAACCAGGUGCCGCGAAAAAGCGGAACGAACUUUGCAAAAGAUUCACUACGACCGGUACAUGCUACAAAGGACCAUCCUGUCUUUUUACUCACGACCCAAGCAAAGUUGCCAUCUGCAAAGACUUCCUCCAGACAGGCAAGUGCAGCGCAGGUAUUAGCUGUGAUCUUUCCCAUGAGCCAUCGCCUCACCGUUCCCCCACUUGCUUGCACUUCAUGAAGGGACGGUGCUCCAAUGAUAAUUGUCGUUAUGCUCAUAUUCGCACGACACCUGGUGCCCCCGUCUGCCGGGAAUUUGCGACUUUAGGUUACUGUGAGAAAGGUGCCCAAUGCGAAGAACGUCAUGUGCACGAAUGCCCUGACUACGCCAAUACUGGAGUCUGUCACAAGAAGCGCUGCCAGUUGCCCCAUGUUGACCGCGCCGGUCAGAUUCGGAAGGCUGCCGCCGCCGCAGCUAGUAAAGCUGAGGCUGGAGAAGAUGAGUCCGACCAGUCUAGUGAAGAGGAGGAAUACGAUGCGAUUGAUUCUGACGAUGUCGACUCUGAUGAGUUUGAUGACAUGCCUGAAGAACUGAUCGCAGGUGAGGAUACUAGUGAGAUGCAUCAGCAGCAAGACUUUAUCCGCUUCUAA